AUGUCGAUCAAAUCAGAAUCCAUCCUCGCCGCCUCGCCAACCACCACGCGCGGCACGCCCUGCCCACUCUCCUCCACCCACGACCGAAUAUGCUACGCCAACGGCAAGUCCAUCUUCGUGCGCUCCAUCGACGACCUCACCCUCUCCAAACAAUACACCCAGCACACCAACCCCACCACCGUCGCCCGAUUCUCGCCCUCCGGCUUCUACAUCGCCUCCGGUGACGUGGCCGGCACAGUGCGGGUAUGGGACGCGCAAGGCGCAGAAACGACAAAAGGCGAGUACAGCAUCAUCGCAGGCCGGAUCAACGACAUAGCAUGGGACGGCGACAGCCAGCGCAUCAUCGCCGUGGGCGACGGCAAGGAGCGCUUCGGGCACUGCAUCACCGCCGACUCGGGCAAUAGCGUGGGCGAGAUCAGCGGCCACUCGAGCCAGAUUAAUUGCGUGAGCAUACGGCAGCAGCGGCCUUUGCGCGCUGCGACCGGCAGCGAUGAUAUGAGUUUGUGCUUCUUUCAUGGUGCGCCAUUCAAGUUCAAUACGAGCAUACGCGGCAAGCAUGAUAAGUUCAUCUAUGGGACGCAGUUUAGUCCGGAUGGGAAUGCGAUUGUGAGUGUGGGGAGUGAUCGGCGGAUAUGGCUGUACGAUGGGAAGACGGGCGAGGCGGUCAAGCAGAUUGGCGAGGGCGAGCACAAGGGGAGUAUCUUUGGGGUGAGCUGGGCAAAGGAUAGUAAGAAGUUCGUGACUUGUUCUGGAGACCAGACGGUGAAGAUCUGGGAUGCCGAGGCCGGAAAAUGCACGCAGAGUUGGAGACUGGGGGAGGAAGGGUCGGUCAGCGUGCCUGAUCAGCAACUCGGUGUGACCUGGCCGGGCGGCAGCAGAUCAGAUGGACUGGUCAUCUCCGUCGACCUGGAAGGCAACCUAAACUACUUCAACGAAGGCAGCGAAAAGCCAACCAAAGUCGUCCGAGGACACGCAAAAGCCAUCACCAGCGCUGCAUACCUCCCGGCAAGCAAAACCUUCUGGACAGGCAGCUACGAAGGCCGCGCGCGGGCCUGGGACCUCUCCGCCGGCGCCGCAGACCUCAUCGACGGCACAAUGCACACCAAUCAAGUCUCCGGCAUCGCCGCAUCGCCGCAAGACGGCCGCAUCUACAGCGUCGGCUGGGACGACACACUGCGCAGCAUCGACGCCUCGCAGAAAUUUUUCCUCGGCUCCGCAGUCAAAACAGACGGCCAGCCAAAGGGAAUCGCCAUCGCCACCCUCUCCGGCAAACCGCACACGCUCGUCGCCACCGCAAACGGCAUCACAAUGUACGACGCCAACAACAACGAAGUAAGCAAGCAAAAACUCCCCUCCCCGCCAACCUGCAUCGCAGCCUCAGGCGCCACCAUCGCCGUCGGCGCAGACGACAAACGCAUCCGCAUCUUCCCCGCCGCCGGCCCAACAUCCUUCGACGCAAUGCUCGAGCUCAAAGACCCCACGCACCCCGUCUCCACCCUCGCCUUCUCGCCCGACGGCACGCACCUCGCAGCGGGCCUCAGCAACGGGAAGAUCUUCGUGUACGCCACUUCUGACGCGGGCAAGUCGUGGAGUCUCGAGACGAAUCGGUGGUCGGCGCACACGGCGCGCGUCACGUCGAUUGAUUGGAGCCCCGAUGGGCGCAAGGCGGUGAGCGGCGCGCUGGAUACGAAUGUGUUUGUGUGGAGCUUGAGUGAUCCGGGGAAGCGGGUGCGGGCGCUGAAUGCGCACAAGGAGGGCGUGGGGGCGGUGCGGUGGACGGAGGAGACGAAGGUGGUGAGUUGCGGGGCGGAUGCGGCGGUCAAGGUGUGGAAGGUGGAGGGUGUGCCUUGA